AUGGGCCCCUGUACCGCCUCCUCAUGCUGCUGCCAGGCCCGUAAUCUGCCAUGGGCCCCCGUACCAACUCCUCAUGCUGCUGCCAGGCCCGUAAUCUGUCAUGGGCCCCUGUACCGCCUCCUCAUGUUGCUGCCAGGUCCAGAGUGUGUCAUGGGUCCCUGUACGGCCUCCCAUUGCUGCUGUCUCCAUCGCCACACACUCUGCCAUGUGCCACUUUCAGGUCUCCUCACACUGCUGGUGGUUUCCAUUUUUGUCAUAGGGUGCUGUAUGGCCUCCCAUUGCUGCUGCCUCCACCGCCACACUGUGGCUCCACACUCUGGUUUUGGCCCCGUGACUGCCCAAAUGAGUGAAGUGUGCGGUGAUUCUAAGAUCGACGGCACUCAUCUGCAUGUCAUACUGACUGUCUGUAUUAUUUCUCUUCCCCAGCAGACUCCAAGGGCAUUUAAAUUAAAGGUACAGUGUUCUGCACUAAUAUAA